AUGACCUGCUACUCGGUUCCGCCUUGCCUGCCGGGUCGGGGCUGCGUCCACUACUUAGCUGAGCGGAUUGGCAGCUCGGCCUUCGCCCCUUCUUCGAGCUUUAUGAGCGUCGGAAACCCGGUGUUCGACCGAGCUGUCGAAGUGUCGAACCGACUACUACUCCUGCCGAUCGGGAAGGGGUCUGGCUCCGACGUGUACUUGGUCACCAUCCCAGUGCUCCUGGUGGUGUUUGGCGCCGAAGUGGGCAGCUUAAGUAGGGAGGAGCUGUGGCGGAAAGCUGUGGGAGGAAACAAGCAACGACCUCGCCACCGUGAUCGCCUUCUUCGCCGUCCUCACUGGUUCACCGUCUACUUCGUGUUCAAGCUGCGGCCCAUCUACCUCGUCGACUUCGCUUGCUUCCGUCCCUCCGACGAGUUGAAGGUAUUCGAACGAGGAGUUCAUGGAGCGGCAUGGCUAGGAAGACAGGAAGUCCGAGAAGUUAGACGAGGAGAGCCAGGCAUUCCAGUCGCGGAUCCCCAAUUCGUCAUGGAUCUGCAACGAGACGUACUUCCGCGGUCGGCCACGCAGAGGCGUCUGCUGCCAUGUUCUCCGCGCGCCCUGGACGAGCUCUUCGACAAGUGCCGCGUCUGCUCCCAAGGACGUUGGCGUCAACUGCAGCCUCUUCAACCCUACUCCAUCGCUCGUAGCCAUGGUCGUCAACAGCUACAAGAUGCGCGGCAACAUCCUGAGCUGCAACCUCGGCGGCAUGGGCUGCAGCGCCGGCGUACGUCAUCGCCCUCGACCUCGCCCGAGGCAUGCUGCAGGUCAACCCCAGCAACUACGCCGUCGUCGUCAGCACGGAGGCCGUCGCCGGCCUUCACCUGGUACACUGCUGCAACCGCUCCAUGCUCAUCCCCAACGUCUUUUUCCGCAUGGGCUGCUCGGCCGUGCUGAUCUCUGACCUCAGCUGCCCACUUACCCAGGGUCGUUGGCGGAUUCCUCUAUUCUGGUUCUUUCUUUUUCUCUUGCCCUAUUUAGAGGCACAUUUGAUCGAACCCUCAUAUGAUUCAUAAACGUUUAAUGAUGGAUCCCACAUGUCAUCCGAGUUGAUAUGUGGUGGGAUGUUUACCA